GCUACUAUUGUGUCUUCUUACUUUGGACCGUUGACUUGUUUAGUCCUCCCCCCAAUUCAACGCGGUGGGGAGGACGAUGUUGGACGGGCAGCUUGACACCACAGCACUGCCCUCGUAGUGCAGGAUAUAGUAGGAACAUCCAACGCACAAAUUCUCAUAGGGCUGUCAUUCUACUACACGUUUGGCGACAGCUGUUCCUUCAUCCAUGGCUUCUUCAGCAAUCGACGUGGAGUUGCCCAGCGCUUUUGCCCAAGCCGCGACGCAAGUUCGCAUAGUAAAUAAUGAUGCUGGGGCGUUAGCGUCUCAGCAGGCAGCCGGUGCACCACAGCAAGACUGCGCUGCCGCCGGGGCACAGAACGGGACCGCUGACUUCGCAGCUGCAUUCUCGUUAUUCCUUAACAAUCCAAGCGAAGCACUGGAAUCCAAUAAUAUACCGCAAUCUAUGCUAUCAAACAUACAACUGGCCGGUGUGCUAGGCCUCUUGCCGCAGCAGCAAGCUGCUGGCCAGCACGCCCAGGGUGCUCAACCGCAGGGGGCCCAGCCAAAUUCUCAGGAUGCAACGGCACCCCAGGAGGCUGCUCUCAAGACCGAAUCAACACCAGACGACUCAGGUCCCGGCAACUCCAUGCCUGACGCCGAUCAGCAAGACGGUGUCUCGAGGCACCAGCAGCACCAACAUCCGCACCCAUCGCAGCUCCUUCACGGGCCUGGCAUGGCGGCGCAGGCGCGACCUGGCGUCCCACAGGGCCGCUGGCCGCCAGCCGCCGUCGCCGCGGCCCACUGGGACUACGCUGCUGCAGCUUGCGGCAUGCUGAGUCAGCAGCAGCCCCCAGGCGGGCCUCCGCCACCGAACCACCAAGCGCCUCAGCAGCCUCCGCAAGCAGGGGUACCGCCAUCCCACGGGCAGCCGCCCCAGCAGCAGCCACAGCACAUGCCUCACCCAUCCGUGCCUUCAGCUCCGCCUUCUGCAGCUACGCAGGGCAACGGAAGCACUGGCGCAGCGCCUGGAGGAGGCCCCGCACCGUCAGCACCCUCAGGUUGCCCCCAGCCAUCUGCUCCAGGGCAGAUGCACAUGCAGCACCCUGCUAUGCAGAGCAUGCGCGGCUACCCUUACGGACCGUACGGCGAGCCGUGCCCGUACCCGCCUCACGCCCGACCACCGCCCGGGCCCUACCACCAUCCCGGCAUGCCGGGCCCUCCAGGCCACAUGAUGGCUUACCAUCCGGGCUUUCCGCCAAUGCACCACGUACCACACCGGGCGCCGUACUACCCUCCUGAUGCGCGCUACCCACCCAUGGCGCCAUGCCACCCUGGGUACCCGCCGCCACCGCCGGGCUACUACCGUGGCCACCCGGGCAUGCCUCCACACCCUCACGCCCACCCGGCGUACUACAUGCCCCCGCCCUACGGAGGACCGCACCCUGGCAUGCACCCGGCGAUGUACCACACGGGGCCGCCACCAGGUAUGGCAGGACCCGGCAGUGGCCAGGGACCUAUGGAGGGGCCUGGUGGUCGUGAGAGUACCCUUUCUGGCAACUCCGCCGGCACUGCUAUCGGCGUUGGCGCCUCAGACGGCGGCAGCGACCCCGUCUCGGCCAUGCGGCGCGUCACCAAGGGCAAUGCCAGCAUGGGUGGAUCCGAGAGCGAGGAUGUUGGGCUGGAGGCGGUCAUUACGUUGCGCCCAGCUGCACAAGAGGACCAAGAAGGAGUGUCGGGUGAAGACGCUGCUGCCGCUGAUGCUGCUGACGGCUCCAUGGCGCUGGUGCCUACGUCGUGCCAAGACUCCAAGGCGCAGGCAAACAAUGCCGUUGGGACCGGGGAGGAGCUGUUGCAGCCUAACGGCAACGGUGGCCCUGCAGUACCACCCCACAUGCAGAAGAUGCCGCCAUCGCCAGCCUGGCCGCCGCACAUGAUGCCGCCGCCGCCCCACGGCAUGGGCGGUCCCAUGCCGGGUGUUGGUGUCGGCUUUGAGUGGUCGCCGCCGCAUCCGAUGGCCAUGAUGGCCGGCUACCCUCCUCCGGGCUAUCCCCCCCCUCCCGGUGGAUGGAUGUACCCUGGCUACGACCCCAUGGCUGCCGCGUUGCACCACCAGCAGCUGAUGCUGGGUGGUGAGUUGGAGGAGGAUGACGGCGGCGGCGAUGGCGGCCUUGACCAGAUGCCACGACGGCGACUGUCAAUGAUGGGCGGGCCUAUGGGUCCAAUGCCGCCAGGUGCAGUCAUGGGUGCGCCCCCAAUGCCCCAACACCAGCAGCAUAUGCAGAUGGCUGCACGUAGGAUGCCGUAUGCGCAGCAGAUGCAGCCGCCGGAUGGCUCUGCAAUGCUGGCGCCGAAGGCACUAACUGAUGAGGAGCAGCAGCAGAUGCAACACAUGCAGCAGCAGCCAUCCAGGCCAGGGUCGGCAGACCCGCAGGCGCAGUUGCUUGGCUCGGCCGCGUCGCUGCAGAUGCAGCGAAGCGGCUCUGUGGGCCAGCUGCUGUCUGCACUAGGAGGCAUGCCAGACAGCCAGUGCUAUGUGUCAAGGCGCACCCAACGUCUUAAGAAGCGUCGGAGCGUCGACCUCGGACCUGGCGCCACGCCCGACCCCUUCGUGCUCGCCGUCGCCGCAGCCGAGCGCGCCGCCAUGGGCCGCGACAGCUCCACUGGCAGCGGCGCGCUGGGCCUGCCGCCCAUGUUCCCCAACCUCGGAGGCGGCCCGCGUCGCUCGUCCAACGGUUCCGAUCGUACGGCACACCUCUGCAGCCGCGGCUCGCAGCCCCCCAGCAGCCGUCAGCGGUCCGAUCCGGGCUACCUGAUAGAAGGACCGGACCAGGGAGGCGUCUGGGGCCCUGGCGGAGGUCCCAUGGGGGGCCCCAUGGCGGGUCUGGGCCAGCUUGUGAACUAUCCGCCGCAGCUCCCACCAGCGCCGUUGCAGCUGUUCCAGCAGCCGCAGCAGCAACAGUUGCAACAGCAGGUGAUGGUGCGGAGGCCUUCGGAGAACGGUUCGGGCGGCGGCGGGCGAGCCAUCACACUUCCAAAGCGGUUCGAUGACGCCAUCAUGACAUUGGAGUACCCCAAGGGUCCUCAACCAGGCUGCAACGCUGUACGGAAGCCCAACAAGGGCCCAAUGCAAGGCCAACAGCAGCUCGGCUUCCAAGGCGGGCUCCCUGUACCGUACGGUGUAAGGCUUCCGGGUAUGCUAUACGACCCGCAAGGCAUGAUGCUACCCGGCGCGGAGGAGCCGCAGUACGAAGAAGAAGAGGAAGAGGAGGAAGCGCAGGAGGUGGAGCUAGGCAACGGCGGUGACGACAGCGACGAGGACUACGACGCCGGAGGUGAGAGGCGCGGCUUCCGGGGCGGCGGCAGGUCUGUCGGAGGCGCCAUGUACGGCAUGGGUGAUGGCAUCAGCCGGAAGCGCAAGGCACCCAUGGUUCGGGAGGAACUGCCCCAGCCGGAGAAGAAGCGCAAGGCUCGUGACCCAGCCACGAUCUCCAAGGUGGUGGUGAACUGCGUCAUCAUCCUGCGCAUGGUCAACCAAGACCUCGUGUACGAGAAGGAGAUCCGCAACGCGCUGGGUAACAACCCCGACACGUCCAAAGCCCUGCGACUGCUGAUGAACCAGGGCAAGCUCGUCCGCACCGGCCAGGGCGGCCGUGGCAACCCCUACUGCUACCGCUGCACGCCGCUGGGCAUCCACACGCUACAGCGCAUUGAGGAGGCAGCCACACCAGGCGCGGAUCCCAACGCGGGGCCAAAUCCGGAACAGCGUGCGGCGGCGGUGGCUGUGUGAGCGCGAGUGAGGCUAGGAGCGAGGAGGUACGGCGUUGCAUGGCGACGGGAGCCAGUGCUCUUUGUUGGCUUCGUAGAUGCCCGCAAUCGGGCCGUGCAGACUCUGCAAGGGUACAUGUUGUUGUUGUUGAAUGGGUGCAUGAGUUUGUCGGGUGGUCUUAGGUUAGUGGGGUUCCGGCAUUGAGUUGCGUAAAGUGGGGGUUGGAUCCUGUGUUCCGUGAGACUUGCAGUCAGCGUGGUGAUCGUGACUUGCAGUGGUACCAGCCGUGCGGUUACUAUGGGAUGAAUCUGGCCCCCAUAGGCUACUAGUCGUCCUGGCGCUACGAGGUGGGCGGAGGUUGAUGUUGUACUCGCGAUAUUUUAUUGUGCGGGCGCUGGCGGGCGUUCACGUUUUGUACUGGCGCGAAGUAGCUGCUAAAACGUCUUACCUAUCCACUGAACCCCUGGCCCCUGUUGCGCCGCUGACUGCGUGUCGUUGAAGACUUGGUGCCAACAUGCACUUCACGCAUUGACAACCAGUAGUUGCUGUGGUGCAUGACCCUCGAAGCCGUGCGAGUUGGUUGCGCACCUUGAAUGUCUUGAACACGAACCAGCUGGGGACAGCCGGCCAGUCCUCUUCAGUUUGGUGACAUAGUCGUAUACGGUAGGAUACCCUGGGACAUUAAGGCCUCUGCCGAGCUGUGGCCCCCGUGACGAGGUUUGUCAUUCAUGUGUGUGAUGCCGAUUCUAAAUUAUGGGCUCCGUGAUCUGCCGUGACUACCGUACUAAGUUUAUAAGCCACAUGGACUGUCCAUGCGUGCGGAUAGGUCGUGUUGAGGAGUUGUAGCUAUAGGACAUGCGUUGGUAGUGGAGUUGGGCUGCUAGAGAUAAUGGUCGUGCUGGGGAUACCGGCUUAGAUGCCUGUAAGCUACAAACCAUG